AUGCUCGCUCAGUUAACAUGGGUUCCCAUCACUCUCGCACUGUUUCAGUACGGUGUGAAUGGCGCACCAGGCGAUGUUGUUUGCAGAUACGAGACGACAACCUUGACUAAGGUGAACUACUACACCUGUACUGAGCUGGCGCGCAAGUACUCCAUCACUGUGGAUAAGUUCUUUGAAUUGAAUCCAUCCGUCAAUAAAGCGUGCGAUACUAUCAAGCCCAACACCAAUUAUCUUCAUUUUCUGUUUUACCAAAAUGUUAAUCCCGAGACCGAAAUAGGGCUAGAGCUCCCCGUCUCUCAGAACGGCUUCUGCGGUCCUCAGUACAACAAUGCAACUUGCAUUGGACUAGACAAACAAUGCUGCAACGGAGAGACUUGGAAAUGCGGGGACCAAAUAGAAGACUGCCAGGCCGGUACAUGCUUCUCUGGUGCAUGCGAAGGUUUCCCAGCUCAAUUCAGCAUGGAUGGGAAAUGUGGCAUUCAGAACAACAACCUGUUGUGUGGAGGGAAAUGGGGCACUUGCUGCGACAUCACAGGGAACUGUGGCACUGGUAACAACUUUUGUGGGGUUGGCAAGUGCCAGAAUGGCAACUGCACAAUCAUCAUUCCCCCUCCUCCUUCAGCGGACGUCCCAAGCGCCAGUACAAUUGUUACUCUUCCUUCCUCAACUCCCACACCGGGUAGCAUCAGCCCUGACGGAUCUUGCGGUGGCACCAACAAGUACAUUUGUAAAGGCUCGCCAUUUGGCGACUGCUGUAGCUCUUCAGGAUUCUGCGGCUCGACCACUGGCCAUUGUCAGGCAGGCUGCCAGACUUCCUUCGGCACAUGCACAAACUCUAGUCUAUCUCCUGACGGUACAUGCGGAGGCACCAACAAAUACCAAUGCAAGAGAUCUGGGUUUGGUGAUUGCUGCAGUUCCUCGGGUUAUUGCGGUUCAACCACUGGCCACUGUACAGCGGGAUGCCAGACUGGGUUUGGAACCUGCACAUCUACCAGCAUCUCUCCGGAUGGAACUUGCGGUGGCACUAACAAGUACAUUUGUAAAGGCUCGCCAUUUGGCGACUGCUGUAGCUCAUCUGGUUACUGUGGAUUGACUACUGGUCACUGCACUGCUGGGUGUCAGACAGCAAUUGGCACAUGCACAUCUGCCGAUAUCUCACCUGAUGGCACAUGUGGCGGGACAAAUAAGUACAAGUGUCAAGGCUCCGGUUUCGGCGAUUGCUGCAGCUCUAGUGGAUACUGUGGAAAGUCAACAGAUCAUUGUGGUGCUGGCUGUCAAACCGGAUUCGGUACAUGCUCCACGGUUACCACGACUUCAAAAGCACCAACUCAGACUGGCGUCUCUACGGACGGAACUUGUGGUGGUACAAAGUUCAGGGGGUUACUGUGGGAGCACAGUCAAUCACUGUGCCCAAGAAUGUCAAAAGUCUUUCUCAAGCGCAUGUCUGACCACCAAUAUCCCCACUUUGGAUGGUGCGUGCGGCGCAUCGAAAGGGUUUACGUGUUCUGGUGGGCCGUUCAACGGGCAGUGCUGUUCUAG